AUGGAAUCCCAGACAAAAGGAAAUCCCGAGGCGGCCGAUAAGCCUGGCAACAAGGCAGAGCAUCUCCGAGAAAUGUACGGAAGGGCACCACGCCGAAAUCUCCUUGACCAUCAGUUGGACGAAAGAAAGUAUUUCGAUUCCGGUGACUUUGCCCUUUCGCAAGCCCGAAGAGGUUCUGAUAUCGGCCAGAUAAAGACUGGGACCCAACACCCAGACCGGGAGAGUAUAUCUGACCCAAAGGCUCCCAUACCAGGCUCAGGUAAUGUAAAUAAGAGCGCAAGCAAGGAUCUGAAUGACCCGGAGAAAAGUAGCGAGCCACAGAAUCAGAGCUACCUGCACGAAAUGGCGCGCUCGGAUAAUGGGAAGGGCUAA